CCGAAAUACUGUAAAAGAAAGAAAUAUAAUAUUUUCUGACUUGGAAAGCGCACAAAACUGACGAAUUAGAAGAAGACGGAUACGAACGUUUGCAAGUAUAAAUUUUGCGAACCCUGAAAUACUCAAAAAUAAUUGUAGUAAGUUUAUUAAUUGUUCAGUAUUUCAAUUUUAAAACAUGUAUGAAUUACGAAAUAAAACAUCGAUUUUACUAAAAAUAGUAGCAAAAAUGACUACUGUCCUCGGUACUCUUUGGUUAAUUAACCAAAGAGUACCGAGAUUUAUAAAUCUACGCGACAAAACGCAUCUGUCAAUUACUGUACUGUAUAAUGACCGAAACACAGUUUUCCUGGCAUGGAGAUCUUUACAUGAAACCUCUGUGUAUCUAUAAUUUGAAUGUAAUUUUCUAUUACUUAUAAAUUAAAUAGGAUACAAAAAUACAUUAUAUGUUCUCAUAUAUUCUCGGUUUUUAAAUUUGUUCGCUACUUACACGUUUGAUGUUCCAAGUUCUGUUGAAAUUUUUUAAAACAUUCGAUCCUGUAGAACAGCCUAAUGAUGGUCAUUUAAAAUGGCUGAAAAUUAAGCUGAUUUAUUAAAAUAAUGUUGUUUUGCUGAUUUAAGUAAAUGGCGCUAGUUGUACAAUAUGGCGGACUCACGUGUUGGUGUGUCGAAAGUUCAAAUUAGUGAAGCUGUUUUAGCUUUAAAAAAGGUUGAAAAAUUAUGGAAAGAGAAUGAAAACAGAAAAACUAAAUUGCUGGAAGAUGAUGAACAUUCGGAAAAAGUAUUUUUACAGAUUGGAUUGAAGAAGAUCCCUGAAAUUAAAAGUAAGGCAGUUAAGAUUUAUUUACCACAUUGGAAUUUAGAAAAUGGAGUCGGUGAAGUUUGUCUGAUUACCAGAGAUUUGGAUAAAAAGAAUCCACGUGCUGAUCCGGAAGAAACUGUUCGUCAUUAUAAAGAACUGUUACAAAAACAUGAGAUCACGUGUAUUUCUGGGGUCGUAUCUCUACGUGAAUUGAAUACUGAUUAUAAAGAAUAUGAAGCGAGACGAAAACUAUGUAAUGCUUAUGAUACAUUUCUAACAGACAGGAAAACACUUGCUUCAGUCAUUGCGGCAUUGGGUAAAUUUGUCAAUGCUAAUAAAAUACCUCGUCGAAUUAACAUAAAUUCUAAAAAUUUAAAAAAGGAAAUUACUAAUGCAUUAGCUUAUUGUAUGUGCUUUGUCAAAGGGAAAGGUUCUGUUUGUACUGUUUGUGUUGGUCAUAUUUCUCAGCCAAAAACUGAAUUGGUCAAGAACAUUAUUACUGCUGUUGAGAAAUUUUCGGAUAGUGUUCAGGGUGGUUGGCGGAAUAUCAAAACAUUGCAUAUUAAAUGUGCUAAGUCUCUUGCGAUACCAUUUUAUGUAUCUCUUGAAUCGCCAAACGAAGUAGAUUUACCAACAUCGGUGGUUUCCAACGAACCAAUUGAAGAUGAAUUAACUACUUUAACAAACGGUCGUGUUAAAGUAUAUCCCGACGGAGAGGUUGAAGUAGUAGAAUUUAAUAAAACAAAAAAGAAUUAAUUAUUCAAUUAUGUAACAAUUUAUUAAAAUUUACUAAAUAAAAAUAUAUAUUAAUAAAUUGUGUUUUAAAAGUAUAUUAAUCAUAACUUUUAAAAUUAUUUUACGUAAAAAUUAAACAGUAUUGUAGGCAUAUCAAUUCAGGUUCUGAAAUCAAGUUGUUUUCUUUAUUUUAAUUGAUUUUUUACAUUCUUUUUCUUUGUUGUUAACAGUUUUUGUUUCUUUACUUUCUUUGCUGAUGUAUUUUGUAAUUUCUGAUUUUUUCAUCAUUGUCAUCCAUUUGUUUUAAUGUCUGGCAAUAUUCAGUCUGAUUUUCCUCACUUUUAAGUAUCAUCUUUCUGUUUUUCUUUGUUGAUGUAUCAGCUGAUUCGUGUUCUUCAUUGGCUUUACAUUUCUUCACUUUUUUCUUUAACAUACUUGAUUCUUCAUUUUCAACUUGCAUCUCAUCAUUCAUUAAAUCAUUCUUGGAAUUAUUUGGUAAUUCAGUUUCCUUCUUAGCAAUUUUUUUUUAUUUUGACACACUAAAAAUAAAAAAUUUUUAGUUAAAAAACAAGUAAAAAUUA